AUGCGUGUGAAUGCUGUACACGUGUACCAAUCUACAACGAAAGCAAACAGAAACCCCCGAGCCACAGCACUCCAGCAACACAACCCGCUUCUAGCCCAGCAAGAUGCACCACGUGAUGUUGUACCUUCGAAGGUAAGGUAUGUGACACAAACCGAAAGCAAAAUUGAACCCUUCCCAGGAUUCACUCCGUUGUUGCCCUCGCUUCCGCUUCUGCAAACAUGCUGUGAUUCUUGCAAACGGAAGCCACACCAUACAUGUUCAGAGAACAUAUCUCCAAACCAGCGGACCCCGGGGCAACUCUCGCUUGAGUCUUCUGAGAGGUAUUAA